AUGUUCUUCUCCUUCGCUGCCCUCGCCGUCUCUCUCCUGCCCUUGGCCAGCGCUGCAGUUGCCCCUGGUACACCGUUCGCCUGCGAGAACAAGCAGGUCCUGUCUACCUCGUACAUCGGCAAGGUCAAGGUCGAGUCCCUCUCGUGCUCUAACGCACUUUCCGCCGCGCCACCACCCGCCGCGGCCCCUCAACCGGCUGACGAUGGAACCAACGUCUGUGGUGCGCAGUGCGCGACGAACUGCUUCAACCCGUCCGGCGGAGGACCGAACCCGUACGACUGCCAGGUCAUCGCGGACUCCCUGAACUACAGCAACUCGACCGACGGCCAGCAAUUCAACCUCACUGGUAACGGCUCCGCGAUCGCAAUGACCUAUUCUACCUGCGAGACUUUCAUCGUCGACCAGGCACAGACGAACCUCACGUACUGCCGCGAUGACUGGGCCUCGCUCACCAACUACCUCGCGUUCAACUGCCAGUCCACCCAAAACGCGCACGGCGGCAACUGCGUCGCCAACGACGGCCGUUGGUUCGUCCAGGUCCAAAACUCCACUCAGACCCCAUCGUCGACCUCGGUGCCUGCUUCUACCUCCACCGCUUCCGGCACGCCUACGAUCACUGUCACAGUCACUGCGACCUCCAGCAGCUCUUAA